CUUCUGGGCACUUCACAGGAGUGUGCGCAACCCCAGCAGACCGCUGUGGACAGGGGACCGGGGCAGCGCACGGAACUUUUGCGGUAACCAAAUGACGAUGAGAUAAACUAGGCUGCAAAACUUGAAAAGGUUAGUUUCCUGUCUGUCGACUGGACAACAGUGGGUGCUAAACUCCACUCGCGUGCUCGUGAAGUUAUCCUUUCGGACAAAUUGAAGAAAUUGGAUCAUCAUGGUUUUCAGGAUGGAGCGUAAAAUACGCACAGCCGUCUUGGCGCUUCUGAUUUGCGCACAAGCUGGUUUGAGCUUCUCAGUCGCCGGUCAGCAGGAAGGGACCUGCGAGGCGAACGGGAGCUUGUACUUCGUGGGGGAAUGGUAUUUUCUGGACUCUGACCACUGCACUCAGUGUGAAUGCACCGCCGAGGGCUCCGCAUGUUCCCGCACAGAGUGCACCUCUCUGCCUGCUGCAUGCAUCCAUGUCAGCCACUACCCCACAGACUGCUGCCCCAGGUGCGAGAAGAUCGGCUGUGAGUACCGAGGAGUGGUGUACGAACUAGGGCAAAACUUUCAGGUAAGACUGAGAGCCAUGAGACCCACCAACAUGUACAGACAGAGCAGCUGAAGUGGGUGCUGCGUGGCCGGGGGUAUUUCUACAGGGCCUGAGAUGUUUUAAUUCAAACAACAAUGGUGCUAUCUUUAUCUAUUUAACAGACUUUUCUCAUUCAAACACUUAAAAUUGUUAAAACUUACUUGAUUAUUAAAAUAAUUUAAUCCCUUUUAUAGGAUCAAUGCUCACAGCUCAUAUCCACCUGGUCAUAACCUGUAAUUCACGGGCUACAUUUUUCUAUUUAAGGGUGCAAAAAGUUUAUGAACAACCAAGUUGUUAAUAGUGUGGGGUUAAGGGUCACACAUUUUAUCCAAGGGGACACCACACAUGAUUAAAAAUUAUAUUUCUACAGUGACCAUGAUGAGUACAGACACAGGACUCUAUACUAGUUUUUUUUGCAAAAAGUGAUCAUUUUAAAAUGUGCUGUUGGCCCAGAUUAACUAUGUUCUACUUCAUUCUGCCAAAACAGAUCUGCAGCUCUUUGCUUAUUAUCCUUAAAUGUCUUUUACAAUGUGUGUUUCAAUUUCUCUCUUUAAUUCAAACAUAUAACAAUUCAUGUCAUGCUUAAAAAAGUUUUCCAAAGUCUGUUUUAAAACUCUACCGGGAGCCGAUGUACAUCUUUUUUCAGGGAAUCCCCCUUAAACCUCUCAACUACUGAAUUAUCACAUGGUAUGUUGGAAUGUGAUUUGAGUAUACAGUGGGGAAUUGGAGGUAAAUGGCGCCCCCUUUUGAGAUGGCACAAAGAGGGCUUGGUGAGAGAUGCUGGUUGGAAGCUGUAAUACUCUACCCAUUUGUGUUGCAGCCAUCAGAAUGUGAGCAGUGCACCUGCGACAACGAUGGCAUCGCCCGCUGUCUGGUUGCAGAUUGUGCACCUCCACCAUGUGUCAACCCUGUCUACGAGCCAGGGAAAUGCUGCCCAGAAUGCAGGGAGGGUAUGUUGGAAAUACAUUCAAGAAAAUAUUGAGGCAGAGAGCAAGUUUGAGAUGGAGAUGUACUCUGUUGUGUGUAGAAUAGUAAAAAUGUUUGCAAAAUGUAUUUUGACAUUUUUCUGCAUAUGCAAUUGUGUCUGUUCUGCCGUGGUAAACCUCACCUCUGCUCCUCCUCUUCCUCCAGGUCCUAACUGCUAUGUAAAUGCAUCACGCAGUCAAGUGAUUCCUGCUGGAGAGCCCGUCUGGGUGGAUUCCUGCACCAAGUGUCGCUGUCAUGACGGCCAGGAUGCCGGUUACUGGGAAGGAAACCGUCUCGCCACCUGUUCCCGCCUGAAAAACUGCACGCCUGAGCAGCCGUCCACCAAGAAAAAGUGAUUCACUCUGUCACCAGAGAGCCAACUGUUACCCUGAAUCAUUAAUCCAUGCUCCAUCUCUGUGGAGAUGCAGAACCUGUCUUUGCAGCUGGUAAAACCAGACAUGAAGAACGAUCUGCACCUUCAAAAAUGUGAGUUUUGGGAACAGAACUGAGCACAAACCAAAGGAUUUAUGAAAAAAAAAAACAGUCUAAAUUUUCAUCAAGAUUCCCUCAAGGACAAGGCUGAACCUUCAUCAGACCUGAGCUGCUCAUUAAAAAGCAAGGUUGAGAAUGAAGGAUUGUUUUCUAGAGCUGAAAUAUCAGCAGCUUUAUCAUUUCAGCAGACUGCAAAUUUAGGAAAAAUAUUGCCAAACUGAGGUGAAAUAUAAAAAGAGGAGGCCUUGCUGUAUUCUCUGAAGCCCUAUUGUGCACAAACUAAAAAAGGCACAGAAACCUAAUGAACAGGCUGAGGUUCUCCAGCGUGGUAGCACAGGGUCGUGGUUAAAAUACAUAGAGGGUGGUCAUACUAACAGCAAGUAUUUAGCCGCUUCAAGCAAAGCAGAUGAUACUUCAUUCUGCAAACUGCAUAAAUGUCUUUCUAGUCCUAGAUGGCAUAACUAUCAAUAGAAAACAGUUUGAAAUCGCUCUAAAAUCAUAAAUAAAAUGGACUGUGACACUUGUUUGGGCCUCAAACACACUCAGAUUAGGCGGCCUCAUUCCUGUACCUCGAUUAAAAACAAAUAAAGAAAAAGCCUGAAUGAGAAAACAACAAACUUCAAAUCAAAGCAGUGACUCGUGAUAUUUAUCAUUUCACAUUUUGCCUGCUUAUCCACAGGAAAAGAAAAAAUAAAGACCAUUCUCUUUCUUUAGAGAGACAUUAGUUGCUAGCUUUUGUCGCAGCAAUUUCCCAUCAUUUUACAAUGAAUUUUUAUGCACCUGCUGUUUCUAAUAGCACCAGAACAUAGCCAAUGACAUUAUUGGAUAAUAUGAAAAUAUAAUUGACCUGUCACGGUUUGGUGCAACGCUUGAAUGUAUGCACAGCUGCGGUGUGAUUCAGAGAGGGAAAUAGUUCAGCAACAAAUUAGACAACAGUUCAAUUUCCUCACCAAUUAAAUUGAAUGUAAAAGACUAUGGCUGAAAAUAUGGGUGUAUAGUAGCUGUAGACAUGGGUUUCAUUAAAUAUGAUGUUAUUUUGUAAACUGUAAAGCAAAAAAAAAGUAUGUUUUACUCAUUUGGUCAUGGUAUCAAAGUGUGUAGCUGUUAUUUACCCUCUUCAGACUGAUAUUUAGUGUGAUGAAAUGUAGCAUUAUGUCUUUUUUUAUAGUUUUAUAUGCAACAGAUCUUUCUACUGUUCUUUUGCUAGAUUAUUUUAAUGAUGAGGGACCUCUGAGGAAACCAAAAAUACUCUUGUCUAAUUGUGUUUACAUGCAGUGUUGGAGCUGGUAUUUACUUUACUGCAUAUAUAAGACUCCCAAGCUGGUCCUCCUGCGUGAGGUAUGUGAUUACAAAAGACAAGUUUCACUGCCUUCAUUCUCCACAAGAGACUUCUUUAUGCAAGAUGUGGGAUUAAGUUUUAACUUUGAGGGUUAUGGGCACCUUUUAAAUCUGAUUUUAUGAGACGACUUUGGAGAAAAUUAUACUCUGUAUUUACAACAAUUCCUUGAGGGGACUUCGAUUUAAUUCAAACUGUAGGAAUGAGACAAAAUAAAAAUGUAAAAGCUGUU